CCGAGAGAUUACAACUAGUUGAUGUGGCAAAGCCAAAUGGUUAAGACUACUUUUUGAGGUCAGAGAUUCUUUGUCCUCACUGGCUCCUCAUUCUUGUAACAGAAAAUCGUUAACUUACACUCACUUUCUAAUAGGCCUCUCUCUUUGACAAUCUUUUAUUCAUCUCCUGAUUUUCCUUUUCUCGACCCAAUUUUUUCUUUCGUGGGUCGUAAGAUAUCAGAAAAGGAGGAUCAGGAGCAGCGUAACCUUUACUAUCAUCAUAUUCAGCACACUUUAUUAGUUACUUGAGGGUCAAGUCCAGCCCCAAGGCAUUAAAAAGGUCAAAGAGAAGCAGAAUAUUUAUUGCAGGCUGGGAAUGGAGUCCUUAAACCGAACCAUGACGACAAUGGAGAAACCACCGAUCCCCAGCUCAUCAUCAGCAGAUUGCAAACCACUAACCACAUUCGUUCAAACAAACACAGACGCAUUCAGGGAAGUAGUGCAGCGACUGACGGGUCCAUCAUCUAUGGCGGUAGAAGGCAUGGCAUCAAAAGAAGGAGGAGGCACGAAGAAGAACUCGAGCAAGCUCCAUGAGAGAAGGAAAUACAUGAAGCCAAAGGUUGAGAUUGUUAAGAGUAGUAGUGUGCAUUGUAAAUCAGGGGCGUGUUCGCCUUCGGUUUCAAGAAGCUCUAGCUACCCUGCUAGUCCUGUUUCAGGGAGCUUCCCGGCAAGCCCUCUCACACCUUCGACGAUCUUCUCCAAGUUGAGCAUUCUAGAAGAUGACAAGAAAGAUGAUCUUGAUUUAGAUCUUAAUAUUGCAGUGCCGUCUGAGCCGAAUAUGAUAAGCACAGAGGAACAAGAAGAAGAUGAAGAAGAAGAAGAAGAGAGAGCUAUCAGAGAGAGGCGAUUUUAUUUGCAUCCAUCGCCUCGUCCCAAACCUGGAUUUUCUGAACCUGAACUUCUGCCUUUGUUUCCCAUGGCAUCCACUGAGAAAGUGUAGUCUUCAUCGUCAUCAUCAUUUGUAACUAUAUUAUUGUUACAUGAUAUAUAUGCAACGCAUUUGUAAUGUCAAAUAUUCCUCCUUCUGUUAUCCUUUUCUCUGCUAAU